UUUGUUUGAGGGCAGAAACACCUAACAUCCGGUCUCAUCCUGGGUAACUUUGGAUAACUUGACGCUGCUGGUUUACUUCUGGCUUCGUGGCUCAUUGAAUUCAUUCGCUAAUGUUUAAUUGUCGACAGCGUUAAACUGCAUAUGGGAAAAUGUCGUAUUUGUUAGCCACACUUAUAACUGUAGUGCUGCUCAGUUCGGAGGCUUUUGGGAAAACUGUAACGGGACUUUUUAAGAGCGAAGCAGCGAGACAGCAGAAUGGCCAGUUCAUCACUAAAUUCAUGUACCAAGGUGAUAACGGUCUUUUGGUGUGCAGGCUGGACAACUCUGCUUUGGCUACAGAGAAGGAGUCCAGAUUGCUGCUGUAUCAGGAUAUGAACUCAGACCUGGACAACCUCAGCUGCUCCGAGAGGCUCGCUAAAGCUCAGUUCACCAUCGCUCUCAGCCAAGAAGAACACAACCACACGAUCCCUCGUCAGUCCUCACCUACAGCCUGGCAGGCCCUGUAUGCUGACAGAUACACAUGUCAGGAAAGUGCAGUGAUACCUUCUCAUGCUGAUCUCAGUUUUACUGUCUUGCUGUUUAACGCCGACUCGGCUGGAAAUCCUCUGGAGCACUUCAGUGCAGAGGAGGCAGGUCUCCAAAGUUUUUACUUCCUCCUGCUGCUGGCCUACUUCAUAGCCUGCUGUAUCUACAUCAAGCCUCUGUACCAGGCUCUGAGGAAAGGAGGUCCCAUGCACACUGUCCUCCGAGUGCUGACCACAGCGCUGGCAUUACAGGGCUGCUCCGCUCUCUGCAACUACAUCCACUUGGCCAGGUAUUCCAGAGAUGGUAUUGGUAUUCCACUGAUGGGCAGCCUGGCAGAGUUCUGGGAUAUGGUGUCCCAGGUGUCCAUGCUGUACAUGUUACUGAGUCUGUGUAUGGGCUGGACUCUGAGCCGAGGCAGGAAGCCUCAGUCCAGACCUCUGCAGUGGGAACAGAGUCCGGCUUCCACGGCUGUCGCUGUUGGUGGAGUCGUUACACAGGGAGUGUUGCUGCUGUGGGAGCAGUAUUCAGAAUCAGAGAGUGAACAUCACAGCUACCACACCCAGCAGAGUCUGGCAGGUCUCCUCCUCAUGGCUCUGAGAGUGGUCCUGGCCCUCCUGCUGGCCUCAGUCCUCUACCAGAUCACCUCCACUGAGAGGAGCACCCUGAAGAGAGACUUCUACCUCUGCUUCGCCAAGGGAUGCUUCCUGUGGUUCCUCUGCCAUCCCGUCCUCUUCGUCGUGUCUGUUGUCUUCAACGAGCACCAGAGGGAGAAGGUGGUGACUAUCGGUGUGAUCCUCUGCCAGUCCAUCUCCAUGGUGACCCUCUACCAGCUCUUCCUGUCUCGUUCUCUCUACUGGGAGGUCUCCUCUCUCUCCUCAGUGUCUCUGCCGCUCACCAUGUCCAGGACGAACCACAGGGGGCGCUACUGAGCACAUCCACUGUCAUGCUUCACCCGAUCAUCGUGAGCGAGGGAGAGCAUGCUGCGACACGGAGGCUUCCCCUCCCUUAACCUCCCGCUGUGUCAGAGGAGGGAGAGCUUCUGAGCGUGAAGAAGAAGCAGAAAAGACGAGGUGUGCUGUUACUGUUUCCUGGGAGAACAGUAAUGGCCACUAGCAAGCAAGUCACCAGGGAACUACAGCAUGGGUCACAGAUGACCAGAGGAAGAUAUUUACAGCAACACCCUACCUCUAGUUACAAAAGAUUUUUGUACAAUUUCAAAACUGACCAACACAAGUGUGCUGAAGACAGGUCGCCAACGUCAAGAUUUUAGGAUGCAUCUGCUGGUGAGGUAGAUGUCAAGAAUGAAAAGAGAAGAAAAGAUUGACUCAUGAUCGAUACUUACUUACCUAAAUCCAGUGCAGCAGGCCGAAGGUGGAGAUGGUUGUUUAGUCCUCAAGGACACAACCCAAGAUCAGCAUACUUGAGCGGUUUGUUGUGUCCAAGGAAACGUCUCUGCAAGGACACACAUCCAAAUGUCUCUAUGCAUCUUGGCUUUUAUAAUUACUCAAACAGUGGAAUCACAGAUUUACUAUAAAAUAAAAUACAAAGCGCAGGGAAGCAUUAUACCACUGCUUAUCUGUGGUGUUAGAUUUAGGGGUACAGGGUGGAAGGCAUCCUUGUCAUUGAACUCAUUGCUCAUUAAACUAGACUUGGAUCAAAUCGCCAAAGAGAGAGCUUGUAAGAUAGAUUUAAAUGAGGAAAGUUUUUUCUGUCUUGAAGGAUAAGGCUAGUGUUAUUCUAUAAUUUUCUUACUGUCAACAAAUCCCAUGAAAAGUCGAAACCAUCAGUCCAAGACCAAGUCCAUUGGUCUCCACUGAAGAUGUCUUUUAUUUUUUUAAAUGUGUAAAAAAAAAAAAUAGUUUCAUUUGCAAAAAAGGCUCAGUAAUUUCCUAAAACAGCUGGGCACUGUAAACGUUGCUCAACAAGGACAGGGAUUGAGUCAAAAUAAACUACAGUAUGUGUUUUCAUGGUAAUGAAUGAACAACAAUGUGGCUAAUUAAGAUGUUUUUAAUAGUUUUUGACAGCGUUACGUGAUCAAUUCAUUGUUGGUUUUGGCCUUUUAAUGGGAUUUAUUUACAAUAAGAUUAAUAAACGGUAGAUCAAUGGAUCAGCAUGUGGUAAGAUUAAUAUGUUACUCUGGAUAAACGGAUGGAGGUGGAGAGACAGUUGGGUGGAUGAUGGACAAAUACAUGUAAACGUGGAUAUACUGAAAAAUGAACAGGUGGAAGGAUGGAUAAAGUUUGGACCGAUAGUUACAGUAUGUGGCCGGCUAGACAGCUGAAGAAAAUGGAUAGUUGUACUUCUGUCUUUGCAUAUCCAAAGUGAUGAACGUAAGCCAAAAGAUCAGUGUGCGCUCCCUGUACAUCACAGAUCGAGCUGUACUUUAACGUAUUUCUUCACUCUCAAUAUGAAUUCAUGAGCUGACAGCAUGUGAGGCCUUUGAACUCAACUGCAUGUAGCUGGAGACACACUGCAUGACUUAUCCUUUUUUUAAUCUUCAUUUUCCAUUCAUUGGAGCACACUACCUGGGCUUUAAUGCUUCAGUUCUGUGUGAAUGGGAGUAAAGCAUGAACUCCAGGGUGUUUUAAAGCUGAUCAGGAUAAACCAACGUCUACAAAAACGCUACAGCCAUGGCCCUUUAUGGCUUCAAAUGAAUCCCACUGUUAAAUUAUUCCGCCCUAAUCUGGGCCCGCCGUGACUUCCUGUGUAUGAGGCUCAUUAAAACAGACCCUUCAGUAGAGCCCAGUAGGAACAGACCUGUAGUUUCAUUAAAGACACAUUUCAUAUGCCGGAAAAUGAAAUUCCUCUUAAACUGAUGGCUGACACAGUUAUCAGCACUGACAUAUUUAUUUGAUGUGUAUUUAUUUUUCUGAGUGAAUAUUUGGAAAGUAGCACAUUAUAAAGAAGCUAAAUCAGUUACUGCACAGUUUCAUGUUUGAUUUCAGUGUUUUAUUGAAUCACAUUCAUCCCCUUUAAGUAGCUGUGAUUUAAUUACAUUAGUAACCCUUCUGCUAAAAUAUAAACAUUUCCUCACGCAGCAGGUACUUUCAGUUACUUUGUGCUGGACCCAUUAAAAACAAACUGACCAAGGCUUUGAUCCAAGGAUUUCUUUUAACUUUAUGUUCCAUACUUAUGUUGUUGUGUUAUUACAACGGCAGCCACUGAUGAAGAUGUGGUUGAAAGCUUUGGAAAAAGCCAGUAAGUGGACCUUGAGUUAAAGAUGCCCUGGGGAGUUGUCUUAUGUUUACAGUCAGUGUUUCUCAAAACAUAUUUUGUGUAACCUUGAGGUCUAACAAACGUAUUGAGUGCAUAAAACAUUUGCAAAUCCGAUUUUUCUUAAAUCCUACAUUGUUUACAUCCAUAUUUACAAGCUAACAGUCUUCUUCUUCACUGCCUUUGCAAGGGCAUUGCUGUGUUUCUUUGCGCCGUACCAUCGCCACCUGUUGGUCAGCAGAAUAGCAUGAAACCAGUGGCAGGAUUGUGUACUGCGUCGUCCACAUGCUCAUGCAAAACAAAACAUGGACCCACUCUUAUAAACAUUGCUCAAUAGCACCACUGGUGGUCAAAAAGUCCACAUGGCGCCUUUUAAGAUUGUAUUUUUAUUUUUUGUCAAAUACUUCGAAGGUCAAGAAUGCACUUUCAUGCUCAACUUUCUUACUGUUAAGAUUCUUUUACUACACAAACAUUCAGUGGAGACCACAAAAAUACAUUAAAGAGAUGAUUAUAAUGACAGCUCACACAGGCUGUUUUCCCUGUAAUAUUUUCUUAAUGAAUGCCAUAACCCUUUGAAAUAAUCUAAUAAGAUAUUUUCCAUUUAACAUACUAAAUGAUCCAAACAAAUGCAUGGCAGAUAAAUGAAUAUUAUCCACCUCUAUUAUGACAUUCUACUUGAAUAUGAACCUUUGCUGGUGGUUUGAUAAUCAUAAAAUGUGCCAUCUGAUCUGUUCUUUUAGCUCUUGUUAUGUUGCUGUGCAUUAAAGCAGUAUGUGUAUUAUCUGGGCAGUAUGUACUGUACGUACACUGUAUGUGGGUGCAAGAGAAUGCAUCUAUUUAUUUUAUUUUGACAAUCACAAUGACAAUCUUAUUCUAAUUAGACAACAUAAUAUGAGGCCUCUGUUUGUAUUGUAUACUCAGCUUGUUAGAUUUGGCGACAGUUUUAAGUAAAUUUAGUUCAAAAACACAGAAAAGCAAGUGUAAUUCCUUUUUUUUUGCCAUUUUCAGAUUCUAGUCUCAUUAUAUUACAUGUUUAAUUUUCUAUACAACCCCACUUGUGGAAAUAUGGGACCUGUGAUCAUUAUGACUGUAAUAAAAUACAUGUUUAUGUAACCUGGCUAAUCCUAAACACUUGCGUUAUGACUAAUGCCCUUUAUGCUGUUACGUUGGUUUCAUUAUUAGAACAUUAGACACUAUAGUCGGGGGCAUUUACUAAAUCUGCUGUUUUCCUUUUGAGAUUUGAUGGACUCCUGAUGCAAAGCAGUUCACUGUAACCUUGGCCCACAUUUACACUGCCUACUUGAAGUAACCCGGUUCAUAUUUUCGCUCACAGCUGGCACACAUCAGACGUGUUUUGUUGAAUCCGAUAUUUUCAGGUUUGUUUCAUUAUGUGGAAUUCAAAGUUUGGUUUGGAUAUAUCAUGAAGCUGCACAAGGAUUGCAAUAAAAGCUAUGAAACUGUGAAGUAAUUGUAAAA